AUACAAGUCAUACAAGUCAUACAAGUUAUACAAGUCAUACAAGUCAUACAAGUCAUACAAGUUAUACAAGUCAUACAAGUCAUACAAGUCAUACAAGUCAUACAAGUCAUACAAGUCAUACAAGUUAUACAAGUCAUACAAGUCAUACAAGUCAUACAAAUUGCUGGUUCAUGUUGGUUUGGAUUUAUUGGGACAAGUACGGUAAAUCUAUCGAAUUUUUGUUUCUAAACAUUGCAAUUUAAAGCUACUCCAUUUUCUUUGCUUUUUUUAAAUAUAAAAAAAACAACAACACACGACCAGUUUAUUCAGGGUCAGUCUGAAAUCCUCUUAAGAUCCUUGAUAGUAAAUACCACCAGGGCCGUGCUUGGAUGUGGGUAAGGGGCGAAGACCCCCGGGCAACAUUUUCAAAGACACCAAAUUCGUCGUUUUCACGCAAAUUUAACUUUAUUAAUAAAUAAUUUUUGGGAUGUGGGUGAACUUCAGUCUUUGCCCCCAGAGGCAACUUUUGCUUGACACGGUCCUGAAUAGCGCAUGACGGCCCUGAACAGUAAAGCCCCGGCCCUGAAUAGUAUUACCAACAUUUUUUCUCUUGUCCUUUUGUUUUUCAGAGCAUGGGUUUCAGAUCACCAUUUCAGUCGGUGGCUGUGGCAGCUGUUGCAGUAUUAUUUGCACUGAGUGAGAAAUUAGAGUUUGGGACAUUGUUUUCUGGUUGUGCUACUCGUGUCGUCGAAUGUUUUGUCUGUCUUUGUCAAAUACACCAUAAUAACUGUUUGAAUGUCUUCUUUGUAGUGGCGUACAAUAAUUUAUAUUGUUACAGUUGUUUGAAUGUCUUAUUCGUAGUAGAUUACAAUAUUUUAUAUUGUUACAGAUUUUGAAUGUCUUCUUUGUAGUGGCUUACAAUAGUUUAUAUUGUUAAACUUGUGUAGAAUGUCUUCUUUGUAGUGGCUUACAAUAGUUUAUAUUGUUACACUUGUGUAGAAUGUCUUCUUUGUAGUGGCUUACAAUAGUUUAUAUUGUUACAGAUGUUUGAAUGUCUCCUUUGUUGUGGCUUACAAUAGUUUAUAUUGUUAAACUUGUGUAGAAUGUCUUCUUUGUAGUGGCUUACAAUAGUUUAUAUUGUUACAAUCAUUAUUGUUUGAAUGCCUUAUUUGCUGUGGCAGAUUGUAGUUUGAACUGUUGAGGAAGUUAUGGCUCUCUUGUUUGUAUUUUGUUUUCUUUUUAAAGCUGAACGUAAUCAUGAAAUAACAGCGUGUGUAUUAUGUAAAUUUUUAUAUUAAUGUCUGUAUGAUUUGAACAAAUCUUUUUGUAUGUAUUAUUUGAGUUUUUGUGUAUGAUAAUGUUUGUCACAUCAACAAAAUAACCUACAACAUAUUCUUCCUUAAUUACGUGUUAACUUAAUUUCUUUUUGCCUUAUUUGAAUCAUGCCCUCAUCUAAAAAUAGUAACAAAAUCAUUUUCGACCAAUUUAAAGUGGAUUACAAAAAAAAAUUAUUUACAAAAUAAGGUGAACUUUUAUAAUUUUAAAAGAAUGGGAGAAAAAAAACCCUAGUCACUAUGCCUUGUUAAUUGUUAAUGUCAGUUUGCGUGGAAUCGAGUGGAGUGUUAUAUCCCCAUUGGUCACCCACCUGAGUUGGGCAAACUAAUUGAGACGAAUGUCAUUGUACGGUGCUCGCACUUAGAUCAAAUGUCCAUUGGAGGCACCCAUAGGUAGACUCAAAGAGGCAUCCAUUGGUGACACCUACAGGCGUUCAUUGGUGACACCGAAAGGCGUCCAUUGGUGACACCCACAGGCGUCCAUUCGAUGACACCUACAGGCGUCCAUUGUUGACACCUACAGGCGUCCAUUGGUGGACGAAAACAGGAGUCCAUUGGUGGACGCAAAGAGGCGCCCUUUGGUAGACGCAAUAAAAUAUUUGUGCAUUUGGAAAGCAUCACAGAUGACAUCUGGCUUUUGUCCCCCAUCUUCUCUUGCCUAGUGUCUGCCGCACCUGACCAGGCCCUCGGGCCGACGUCCUUUCGACGUCGUGACCUAACAACUUUAUGCCGGGCGAUGGAGGAGUACACGGCCAGAAUGUGUCUCAAGUACCUCAACUACGGGUGCUUCUGCGGACUCGGGGGUACAGGGGACACUCCCAAGGAUGCCGUGGAUCGGUGAGUGCAUGAUAAGUACUGUGGCAUCAUUGGUUUUAUCAGUUCAUUAAUGAAAUGUGGAUCAGUGAGUGUAUGAUAAGUACUGUGGCGUCCAUGGUUUGAUCAGUUCAUUAAUGAAAUGUGGAUCAGUGAGUGCAUGAUAAGUACUGUGGCAUCAAUGGUUUUAUCAGUUCAUUAUUGAAAUGUGGAUCAGUGAGUGCAUGAUAAGUACUGUGGCAUCAUGAUUUUCUCAGUUCCUUAAUGAAAGCGAAUAUAUUUUGCAUUACCGCAUAUCAUUUGAGGCAUUCACCAAUUACACGCAACGUCCCAUGAUGACACCAUGUCAAUGGGCAUGUCAUCUAAUCUUUCACAUUCCCCCAGUCAUGUCAUCUAAAAUAUGUCACGGUGCCCCAGGUCAUGUCAUCUUAUUUGUCACGUUCCCCCAGGGUCGUGUCAUCUAUUCCGUAGGCUCCCCGUCAUGCCAACUAUUCUGUCACAUUCCCCCAAUCAUGUCAUAUAAUCUGUCACGUUACUCCAGUCAUGUCAUCUAAUGUCACCUUCCCCAAUUCCUGUCAUCUAAUCUGUCACGCGCCCCCCCCCCCAGGUGCUGUUAUCAUCACGACAAAUGCUAUGGCAGCGUGGAAGGCUGCAAGGUCGCCGUCCAUGUCGUCAUUAACAAGAUGAAAUGUUCUGGAGGGAACUGUACCUGCACAGGUACAACAAAAACAGCACUUUCUUAUAUUCUUAUUAUAUUGUUAUAUCAAAUAUUUUAACAAAGAAACCGACAAAUACAUAUGUCAAUCAAUUAGAUAACCUUCAUUAUGUGUCUUGUAUUUGUCAAAUCAAUUUUUUUAAGAUAUAAAAUUAAUUGGAAAUUAGUUUUAAAUUAUUAAUUUUUACAACGUUAAAACUCUGCUGUUUAAAAAUAAUGCACGUAUCACCGGGUUUCUCGUAGAGUUAUGUUUCAACUGUUUAAGUCAAACGAGCAUUUUUACGUUUAUCUGUUGCUGACCUCGAAUAAUUGUCAUAAAUUAUAAGAUGCAUAAUAAUUAUUUCAUUUUAUUAUCUUUUAUAUAAGAAAAGUUCAGUAACUUAAAUUAUUUUAGCAUCAUUUCUAACCAUAAGUGUGGCUCAGUAAGACAAUGUGCCCNCCUAACUGGGGGGGGGGGUGUGGGGGAAAACCUCAACAAGUUUCCCUUUACGAUGGACGGGUGUGUGUGUGUGGGGGGGGGGGGCGCAUCUAAUUGAAAACUUCCAUUUCGAUAAAGUGGGUCCGAGAAAGUUUCAGGGCCGCAAGUAGUUCAGAGUGGCACCAAAAAAAACAAUAUUGUCUUCAGAUGAGGUUGAAAACAUAACUGGUUGAUACCUGAGAUAAGUGCAUCAGAGCGCCAUCAGCUCAGAUUGCCAUCAGUUCAGAUUGCCAUCAGUUCAGAUUGCCAUCAGUUCAGAUUGCCAUCAGUUCAGAUUUCCAUCAGUUCAGAUUACCAUCAGUUCAGAUUGCCAUCAGUUCAGAUUGCCAUCAGUUCAGAUUGCCAUCAGUUCAGAUUACCACCAGUUCAGAUUGCAAAAAAAAUACAGAUUGCCACAGAGCAUUUGACAAUCAGAACAGGCAGCUUCACUGCUACGUGGUUAUAUCUGGAAAGAAGAUGACAACAACCCGUGUUAUGGCACUGCUUGUGACGGCAUGAACCGACGUCUAAUAAUGUAUGUCAGUAAGAAAAUAUGGCUCUCAGUCAGUAAGAAACUAUGUCCCUCAUUUAGUAAGACCAGUCAGUAAGACCAUAUGGCCCUAACAAACUGCCAAUUUCUCCUCAUAUUUCAGACGAAGACCAGACCGGAUGCCCGUACAAGCUCUGCCGGUGUGACGUAGUCUUCGCUGAGUGUCUGAAGGAGGCGGUGUUCAAUAAAUCUUUGACAAACUACAACAAAAAGAACUGCGUCUAGCAGGUGGACCUGAGUACUGCGUCCAGCAGGUAGACCUGAAUACCGAGUCUAGCAGGUAGACCUGUGAGCGUGUUCGAUGCCAAUGGAUCAUAAGAACGAACACCGGAUUUGUGAGAGACUUUUUUGUAGCAAUUGAAAACAUUUUAAAAUUCUAGUUUGAAACUCUGUUAACACUGUUAUUCCGUUGAGAGUAGAAAAUAUAUAUAUAUAUUUCUAAAAAAGAAAAACAACUUGAUUUAAAAAUAGAAAAUUGGUGAUUUUUUUUUUUUUUUUUUUUUUUUUUUUGAAUUUAUUUUCAGGAUUUCAAAUAAAAAAAUUGCC